AUGUUUAUAUGUUGUGCUAGCAACAAGAAGCCGAAAGUUGUGCAAACUUAAACAUAAAUACCUCCUUUGCAAGCUCAAACGAAACAACCUAAAUAUCAAAUAAGAACCUCAAAUGAUCAAGAUCAACAUUCCACUAAUUUAACCAACAUGGAAGGAACAAAUGAUAAGAUCAAUCUCAGUUUGCAAGAAGUCGAGAAGUUCAUUUUGCAUGACAAGAAAACCUUGGAGCAAGAACGCGAAUUAGUUACUAAAUUGAUUGAAUUGCCUGAGAAGAGUCACCUCAUCGAAUUUAACUGGGCCAUUGCAUACACCAAUUACAUCAAAAAUGCAGGAUUACAUCCAGGUGAGAUUAGCAACAAAAUCCUCUAUGACAAAUACAAAGCCAAAGAAGAAUUGGUAUUGGAUAAGGAUUACGUAUUGGUCAAUGAUUAGGUCUGGAAUGUGUUGGUGAACAUCUACAAAGGAGGACCUAUGAUGACAAUCAAUGAUUUGGAUAGAAAAAGUGAAAUCAAUAUCUUGGAUCAAUCACUUAAGGUAUUUGCAUCACCCUCAAUGAAUGAUCUCGACAUAAAACAAGCCAAAAUUAGACACCUCAAAUAAAUGUCAAUCAAGGAACUACAAAUAGUUGGACUGGAGAAUGAGAUCUACUUUUGCUACCUGAAUAGUGUCUUAUAAUGUCUGAUGGGUAUCCCAUAAUUAAAUUCUUACUUUCUGAUUUCCUCUUAAUCUGAGUGCAAACUCUUUAGUUAUGCCUAUUCACUACUUUUAAGAAAGGCCUCCAAAGUGCAUUACAAAGCACGCAUAGUGGCCAAAGAGUUGAUCAAAGUUCUACAGAAGCAUUUCUCAAUCUACGAAAUGCAUGAUAGUUCUGAAUUACUGCUCUUCAUUUUGGAUAAAUUCAAAGAAGAAAUAUUCAUUAAUAAUGCUCUUCAAUUGAAUCAACUUCAAUAAUGCCAAUUCAAGUAAUCUAUCACAUUUAUUGACGAAUUAUUCCAUGGACAACUCACUUCAUUCAUUAAAUGUUCAGAUUGCAAUAAAAUUAGUCAGCAUCAAGAUCCAUUCUAUGAUUUAAGUCUACCACUAGUGGGUAAGAAUUUCAUGUAGCGAAAACUAACAAUAUAGGAAUGUUUAAGUAACUAUUUCAAAGAGGAAAUGAUUGAUGGGGGUUGGACUUGCUCUUUUUGUAACCAGAAGUUUAGGACCAUCAAACGGCGUGUUAAAAUCUCGUUUGCACCUAACAUCUUGGUUUUGCAAUUAAAAAGAUUCCAAGUCUACCCUUUGUAGAAAAAAAUCAAAGAACCAGUCGUCGCUGAUAUGGAAUUGAAUAUAAAGAAUUUUUGUGUAUCAGAGGUAGUUGAUACCAAAUAUGAGUUGCACUCUAUGAUUGUGCAUUCAGGCACUAUAGAUUAGGGUCAUUAUGUGGCUGUGGUCAAGCGGAAUCAGAAUUUUUAUCUCUUCAAUGAUGAUGAAAUUGAGCGUCUCUCCCUUAACCAAAUCAAUCGAAUCGAUUCUGCUUAUCUAUUCAUGUAUCAUAGGAAAAGUGAUUGA